AUGGCGUCGUCUUCAACCCCGGCCACGCCUCUCCUCUACGCCUGCAUAGCCCACCACAGCACCAUCCUCUCCGAAUGCACCACCUCAGCCUCCUCCCAAACCUCCUCCCUCGCCUCCCUCAUCCUCCCCAAAAUUCAACACACCACCCCCCAAAAGCUCACCUACACCCACGGCACCCACCACAUCCACUACAUCGCCGAAGCACCCUCCGACCACCCUGACCACCCCGACGCUGGCGGUCUCACCUUCCUCGUAGUCGCCGAGUCCAGCUUCGGGCGCCGCAUCCCCUUUGGCUUCCUCUUCGAGAUCCGCAAGCGCUUCUUCGAUGCUUUCCCGGUCGAGUCGACCGACUUCGCCGACAUGCCCAACUACGGCGCGGGGAGCUUCAAUGCGGAUUUGAGGAAUCUGAUGGUCGAUUACGGUACUACGGCGGGCGGACAGAAUGAUGCUAUUACGACGGCGAAGAGGGAGAUUGAUGAUGUGAGGGGGAUUAUGACGAGGAAUAUUGAGGGGUUGUUGGAGAGGGGGGAGAGGAUGGAUUUGUUGGUUGAUAAGACGGAUAGGUUGGGCGGGAGUGCGAGGGAGUUCCGGGUUAGGAGCCGGGACUUGAAGAGGAGGAUGUGGUGGAAGAAUGUGAAGCUGAUGGGGCUUUUGGGGUUGGUGCUGGUGCUGAUUAUUAUUACUAUUGUGAUUGCGCUGAAGACGUCGGUUUGA